GUGGAAGACUGACAGGGCGGGGCAUGAGUUUGGAGGCCUGAGACUCACUGCGAUGGCCAGGAUUUGGGUGCAAGAGGCUGGAGGUGUGGCUCAGGGUUUUGGAAGGCAGGGGACGGAAAAAAAGCCAAAGAGAAAGUGCGUAAGGACUUGGGGAAAUAAACUGAGGCCGGUUUGGGCUAUGCUGAGUCUGGAGGCCUUGGGGAUGCCCGUUGCUGGCUGGACAGUCAGGGUGGGGCCCCUAAAGGGUGCCUGGGCUGGACAACAAUAGUUCACAUGUACCCAGCUCUUGCUCUAUGUCAAGUCUUCUUCCUGAGAACAUUCCCGAGCACCCUGGAGAGCCUCCCCCGCACCCCUACUGUCCAGUUCCCACUUCCCGACUGCGGUCUGGGCAAAGCCACCCGCACUUGAGCCCAUCCCACGGCGUCCCGGAGCUUUAGGAAGUCCCCAUCCCGGACUUUCAACCCUGCCAGGGACUGAGGGAAAUCCCAGAGCCUGGGCUCCGGGACGAAGGUCCCAGGACAGGGUCGGGGAUGUAGUUGCAGAAACAGGGUAGGGGACAAAGGCCGGGGCUGCACUGAUCAGGCGCGCAACGAGCCCGGCCCUGCCUCCUGCUCCGCCCAAGGGUAUGGAGGGCCGGACUCGGCUGGCCUUAUACCCGGAGCUGAUUGGCUGGUGAGUCCAGUCCCUGCCUCUGAUGGUUUGCGCUCAGAACUAAGGGUUUCUACUGAUUGGUUUACAUGGACGUCUGCCCAUUGGUCAAAUCCGAGUUGGUGUAAUCAGAUAGUUGACACGGAUUGGUUGGUGCGGGAAUCCAGUAGCUUGCUAUCGAUUGGUUGAGGGUGAAAUAAAUGGGGCUCUUAUCAUUGGCUGGCGGGCUCCGCAACGGUCCAAUCAUGGAAUCAGUCGAGGGCCGCCCGGGAGGGUGGGAGUUAAUUCUUUAGCGACUGAGGCCUGCUUGGGCUCUUUGGCUCCACCUGUGUCUGCGCGAGGCCGUUCCCUAUUGGAGUCCGCAUUGUUCCCCUGGACCUGAGUUUCUCCCCUGGUCCCAAAGGCCGAGGCCUCUGAGUUCCUCAAGUGCGAUGACCGCAGGUCUCAGCUUCUCCUCUCCUUGCAGCAGGCUGAGCCACUCGCGCACCCGCCCCAGGCUUCCACCUUGCAACCUCUAUCCCUGGACAGCGAGGCCUCAGUUUCCCCAUUCGCACCAAUGAGCUCCCUGUCACCACCCCGUCACGCCUCAGUUUCCCGAAUGUUCCCAGAGGGCUGAGUUCCCGAUCUCUCUCCCGCGUGGGCAUCCCCGAGGCCUCAGUUUCUCCGCCCACCCCAGCGCGCCGAGCCCUUCCCCCGACCCCGGCGACGGCCAAUGGUUGGGGCGCCCCUCCCCUCCCCGGGGCGGGGCCGCGUCACGUGCCGGGAAGCCGGAGUCUAGGGCUCCGGGCGCGGGGAGGCGCGGCCAUGGCAGCUCCGGAGCCGCUGUCCCCGGCGGGCGGUGCGGGCGAGGAGGCGCCGGAGGAGGACGAGGACGAAGCGGAGGCCGAGGACCCUGAGCGGCCGAAUGCGGGAGCGGGCGGUGGACGCAGUGGCGGCGGCGGCAGUAGCGUCAGCGGAGGAGGCGGCGGCUGCGGGGCCGGGGCGGGGGCCUGCGGCGGGCCCGGGGGCGCGCUCACCAGGCGCGCGGUCACGCUGCGGGUGCUCCUCAAAGACGCGCUGCUGGAGCCUGGCGCCGGGGUGCUGUCCAUCUACUACCUGGGGAAGAAGUUCCUGGGCGACCUGCAGCCAGACGGAAGGAUCAUGUGGCAGGAGACUGGGCAGACCUUCAACUCACCCAGCGCCUGGGCCACCCACUGCAAGAAGCUGGUGAACCCUGCCAAGAAGUCGGGCUGUGGCUGGGCCUCUGUCAAGUACAAAGGCCAGAAACUGGACAAGUACAAGGCCACGUGGCUCCGGCUGCACCAGCUGCACACGCCUGCCACGGCUGCUGAUGAGAGCCCAGCCAGUGAAGGGGAGGAGGAGGAGUUGCUGAUGGAAGAGGAGGAGGAGGACGUUCUGGCGGGGGUCUCAGCAGAGGACAAGAGUCGGAGAGCACUGGGGAAGAGCCCUUCAGAGCCUGCCCACCCGGAGGCCACAACCCCAGGGAAGCGGGUGGACAGCAAGAUCCGGGUUCCGGUCCGCUACUGCAUGCUGGGCAGCCGCGACUUGGCCAGGAACCCCCACACCCUCGUGGAAGUAACAUCCUUUGCAGCCAUCAACAAGUUCCAGCCGUUCAACGUGGCUGUUUCCAGCAACGUGCUGUUCCUGCUGAUCUACCAGAGCCUGUUCCUGCGGGGCCUGUCCCUGGUGGGCUGGUACCACAGCCACCCGCACAGCCCGGCGCUGCCAUCUCUGCAGGACAUCGACGCACAGAUGGACUACCAGCUGCGGCUGCAGGGCUCCAGCAAUGGCUUCCAGCCCUGCCUCGCCCUGCUCUGCUCCCCUUACUAUUCUGGCAACCCAGGCCCCGAGUCCAAGAUCUCGCCUUUCUGGGUGAUGCCUCCUCCCGAGCAAAGGCCCAGUGACUAUGGCAUCCCCAUGGAUGUGGAGAUGGCCUACGUCCAGGACAGCUUCCUGACCAAUGACAUCCUUCACGAGAUGAUGCUGCUGGUGGAGUUCUACAAGGGUUCCCCUGACCUCGUGAGGCUCCAGGAACCCUGGAGCCAGGAGCACACCUACCUCGACAAGCUUAAGAUCUCCUUGGCCAGCAGGACGCCCAAGGACCAGAGCCUGUGUCACGUCCUGGAACAGGUGUGCGGCGUCCUCAAGCAGGGGAGCUGAGCCUUCCAGGGCAGGGUGGGCUCCAGUUGUCUUGAGGGUCCGGAUGGGCUCAGGUAAUAAAGAAACGGAAGCAGCAGCCA